GUUAAUUAAAAUGUACAUUGCUGAUAUUAAAAUACUCGCAAAGUUUAAGUGUAAAUGUUUAAAAUCGGGUAUCACUUGACUUUUGGAACGCUUCCCUCAGCCAUGUUAGUUUCUACAGAAAGGCACAGCAACGAUAAGAGUUUGUCCAAAGCUUUGUAAGGGUAUAAAGGCUGGACCUGUUUGGCUUUAUUUUCAGUGUCCCCGGUUGUUUAAACGGGAAUAGUGUAAAGUGACUGUUUAUAAUGUUCGUAACACUUGUCCUCUUCGGCGCGCUCCUGGCCUUGGCCUACAGCUUCUACCACAACACCCACAGCUACUGGACCAGAAAGGGUGUUCCCCUUUCCGAGACAUCAACCAGAGGAUAUAUGAUCACUUCAAGGGGACGACACCUCUGGCGGGAAUGUUUAUGUUCGUCAAGCGAACCGCCUUGAUCAUUGAUCUGGACCUCAUUAAGCAAGUGCUUAUAAAAGACUUCAACUACUUCCAAGAUCGUGGGGCCUUCAAUAACCCGAGGGACGAUCCGCUGACAGGACACCUCUUCAGCCUGGAAGGUGACGAGUGGCGAGCGAUGCGGCACAAGCUGACCCCUGUGUUCACCUCCGGAAAGAUUAAGCACAUGUCGGGAGUUGUCGUGGAGGUGGGUCACCGCCUCUUCGAUGCCAUGGACAAGGCUGUCACAGUCUCUAGGGUCGAGGAUGGCGAUGUGGAGAUCAAGGACCUGUGUGCCCGGUUUACAACCGAUGUCAUAGGUUCGUGUGCCUUUGGCCUGGAGUGUAACAGCCUCCAGGAUCCAAAUGCCGAGUUUCGAGCCAUGGGGCGCAAGCACUUUGAAUCGCGUCGUCAUCCCCAGAUAGUGCAUUCCUUUAUAAUGACCAAUGCCAAGUUGGCUAAAAAACUGCGGGUUAAGAUGUUGCCCGAUGAUAUAACUGACUUCUUUAUGUCGGCCGUCCGGAACACCGUCUUCGUAGCCGGAUUCGAGACCUCCUCCAGCACAAUGUCCUUCUGCCUGUACGAGCUGGCCCUCAACCAGGACAUUCAGCAGCGAGUGAGGCAGAAGAUCGACAGCGUGCUCAGUAGCACGGAAGGAGGCGAAAUAACCUAUGAUGCGCUGGCCGAAAUGACUUAUUUGGAACAGGUGCUGGCUGAAACCCUGCGGAAGUACUCUAUUGUGUCCCACCUCGUAAGAGAGGCCAAUCGAGACUAUAAAGUUCCCGGCACAGACAUUGUCAUAGACAAAGGCAGCAAUAUCUUGAUUCCCGUCUAUAAUAUCCAUCACGACCCUGACAUAUAUUCCCAGCCGGAAAAGUUUGAUCCCAGUCGCUUUGAUCCGGAAGCAGUCAAGUCGCGGCACCCGAUGGCCUAUUUGCCCUUUGGAGAUGGACCACGGAAUUGCAUUGGACUGCGAUUUGGAAAAAUUCAAGCCAAGAUUGGUUUGGUUUCCUUGCUGCGCCAUUUUAAGUUUGCAGCAUAGAAACGCACCGAAGUUCCUUUAAUAAUGUCAAAAACCUCUCU